AUGGCAACCAAGUAUGCACUGCUGGAUGCAAGCUGGCCGUUUCCAGUGCUUGUCACGAUCAUAGUCACUGGUGACUUUAUGAUGAUCAUGAAUUCUUCCAUGUCUACGACUCGUCAGCACUUCAGCGCCAGUACUCGCGACGGGCAGGGAGGAGCAGAUCUGAGGAGCUCGAGGAGUGGCAGGCGCGAGAUGGUCGACAUUGCAACUCCGCUCGAACGUAGCCGCCAAGGCAUCUCUGAAUUUUACAAAAUAGCCGGUCUGGGUCAAAGUCUAGGACAUCGGCAUUUCCAAGCGGAGUGGAGUGCGGCGGCAGCGCCUCCAAUGGUGGGAUUGAUUGGCAUUGGCCGUUCGAAACAUCGAGCGGAGUUUAAAAUAUGCUCAGAGUGCCGUUGCUGCCGUCGUGUUCCAGAUAGCCAAUUAAUCUCUGACAUUCUGGCCGCCGAAGCCCCAGACCGCCAAGCUCUAACUGGCCCUAGACUUUGGCCCCAGAUUGGCCAGAUCCCUGACUUUUACCUCAUGAUUGAAAUCUGA